AUGGAGUUCAUCAAUGCGAUUGGAGAGCUCAAGGCACUCCCUGAAGGAACUCACCUUCUCUGCCCUCGACAAAACGACGAUGACUACGGCAGAUAUGAAGAUUUAGACCAACUGGACGAAUCCGGGAAAACAAUCAAGGAUAGUGUGGCUGAAGGUCAGUCCCGCAGAGAGAAAUUUCUCUCGUCAAUGCGUAUCCUGGCAUUCAGCAAAGAUGGAGUUGAAGAUCUUCAAAACUGGGUGCUGGGCCAACUCGACGGUUCGCUGGAGAAAUGCGAUCUGUGUAUCAAGCAUUACUACACUGGCAAGAUCUGGCUCAUGGACCUGCUGAAAGAGGAGAACUACCAGGAGGACGACAUCGAGGCGUUUGCUCAGAGAAUCGACGAGUGGGACAUCAAAAGAAUCACACGCAACCUAAAGACAGCCACAGAGCAGCUGAGACAGACGCCGCCGCAAAAAAUUGGGUUGGAUGUUUUGGACAGAGCUGCGUUGUUAUCCAUCUUCGAGACUCUCAGCUGUGAGGCAAUGCUGCGCAAUGAGAGCCUUUUGCAGGAACAUUUUGAUGAACCGUUCAAACUCAUCCAAACGAAGCGUAGUCUCAAAGUCUCCGACUACAUUCCCGCGGUCACUCGAUUCCUGUUUGAUUCCAAUCAGCUCCGAAGCUUCUGGGCUAUUCACUCGUGGACACGAUACACUCGGUCUCCCACCACCACUGAAUUUGAAUGGGCUGUUCGAGACGGCCUUCGCCUAGCUUUGCAAACUGCCUCACAGCAACCACCUCAGAUACCCGUCAUUCAGCGACUGUGGAGAGGCAUGCAACUUGUCGUCCGAAAACUGGACAAAGAACAAAUCACACAUCAACUUCGAGGUCUUGAAAUAGACGCUUGCCGUCUCUCCGUCGAUCAUCUCGCCAUUCCAUCACCUGGCUUACGGUUCCUUUUAAAUACCAUACAACUUUUCCUCGAGAAAGCACCAGCUGACUUUUGGGAUGCUAUGCAAACCAUUUCUCCCCAAGCAAUCAUGGAACAUACCUUCUAUAACACACAGUUCAAUUCAUAUCUCAUGGAAAUUACUGAGGGUGAGCCUUUCGAAAAGUCUUCAUUGAAAGACAUGCUGUCAUGGAUACACCCUUUCCUCAGCUCUCUGAAAGGUGCUCACCAGCCGUCUGCAUGUCGAUUUUUGACACUGCAAUUACUUGGUCGGCUUCAGGAUCCUCAGUAUCCCAAUCUCACUCGAUAUCACUGUUUCCAUAUCGGAUUGACCAGCCUCCUCCAAACCUUGCGCCGUUUCACGGAAAAUGAGUCUUCCCGAGGAUCGGUCACUCGUGUCGUACUAGCGGAAACGAUGGGAGUGGUUAGUGAUACUAUCGGCACGAUCAUCAACCCUCCUACAUUUGCUGUUGAGCAAAGCCGUCAACAGGAGAUUCUCACUUUGUGCAUGGAUGUCGUACGCAACACUUUGGCACUGGAGUGUCAGUCGCUGAAAACGGAUUACGAGGUCAUUCUCAAGCACAACACCCUUUCACAUGGAGUAUCUACCUACUCUGCCCUUAUCUGGGACGCCGUUAUCAAGAAUCUCAACCAAGACAACUUGCCGCUGUCGGGCUCGGCGCUGCUGGGAAUACUGCCUCUCGUUGGAUUGGAGAAGUUUACCACGAAGGGUGAAAACAACCCGGAGAAGACACAUUUUAAUAUGAUCUACGAACAUCUCACCAAUCUGUCUUGUCGAAUCAUCGAGCGUCUCGUGGAUUUCCCAUCCGACCAUCUGGACAAGCUGUUCCAAAGCCAAGACACUAGCAGUGCAGUGAUUUCUGCACUGUUUGCCGCUGAUUUGGAUACUUACACCGCUGCGGUUGAUUUAAUCAAGAAUGCUACUGGUCAGUCUGCUCGACGAGAUGCCAUCUCCCAUCUGCUGCAAUCAUCCUUCACCACCACGGUGUACGGUUUGAGCUGGUCGUUCCGCCGGAUCUCGACUAUGAAGACGUUCGCUCCGGCCCCAAGAAUGCUGUACACCGGUACAGACAUCGUAGAGAUCUUGUGUGACAACCAGACGGGCAUUCUUCGGACUCGUAAUCUUGCGGAUCGUCGAGAGGUCGUGUCGCUGCAGAAACUCUGGGAGUAUCUGUGGUCGGCACUCACCACUAUAUUUGAUGAGACCGAGGCAUGGCAUCUACGUGGUAAUGAUAAGUCUGUCAUGCUCGAGUUUUGUCGGGAUACGAUUCAAUUCGCCGACUUUCUCUUCGAUCAAUAUGGCGUCUUCUUGGGAGCUGUAGCAAACGCGGAUCCGGGGCAGACAUCUGCAUCCGAGAAUUUCCUCAAAUCGCCAACUGCCACAAUGAGUGCUAUGGUAAAAUGGCUCAGGUUAAAGGAUGAGUUCCUGGCAACGACACUUGUAGGUCUGGUGUCAAAACUUCUGCGCAGGCUGGGUGGGAUGGAUGUGACCACUGUGAAGCCAGACGCAUUAAGCUUCAUAGAGGGGGUUGCUGUCAAUGCUACGAUCAAAACAAUUCUGACCCAACGCGAGAAGGCAGAGUUAGUUCGUUCAUUGGAGGCGUACUACAAAAAGCCCGUGGUUACUGCUUCUACUGCAGCUCUCAAAAAGCAGUCUUCCAUCACAUCUUUCGCCAAACCCUCUGAUAUCUCGAGCCCCUCCCCCCGCAUCACGAGUGACGAUGAGUACGAUGAUGACUUGACCGAUCAAACACUUCUUGAGCUUUCAUCAUCUGUUGAAUUCAACAAAGCACGCCUCGCCACCGAGGCCAAGAGAAAGGCCGAGAAGACCGCGAAGAUGCAAUUGUUGUCCGGUCUCAAGUCGCGUCCUGCCAUUCCCAAUCGCAUCGUCCCUCCCCGUCCCAAAGAUGACGCCACUCAAGUUAUGUCCUUCCGAGAAAAGCGUGAACGUGAAAAGGAGGCGAAAAAGAAGCGUGAUCAGAUGGAGCUCGCCAGGCUCAAGAGGAGCAUGCCUGCUCGUGGCGUUGGGGAACUAACUGCGGAGCAGGGCUCGGGUCUGAAGGGUAUUGGUAUCAAGGGCAAAGAUCACACUACCCCUGCCGAUAGUAUGAUGGUGUCUUCUGGUUCUGAAUCAGAUUCUGAAAGUGAGGAUGAGUUGGACCAGGAAUUGUUUGGCGCCAAACCAAAGAAACCCGAUGCCGUUGCAGCUUACGAGCUAAGCAAGAAGCAAUCCCUUCAACAGCAGCCGAUCAAAAAGACUAAGCGGGCUCGAUCUAUCAGGGACAUGCGAGCUCGCCUGGCUCCAGAUCUGAGUUCUCUUCACCAUUCGAUCCUCUCAUGGGAAUUUUUCGCAACCGGCGACACUCCACCUAGUUCAGGCCGUACCGAUUAUUCCCUGGUCUCGAACACGUUCCGUACACCUGGUGAUUAUCAGAGUACAUUUGAGCCUCUGUUAAUUCUUGAGGCAUGGCAGGGGUUCCAGGCAGCAAAGGAAGAAGCUUCUUUCCGGCCCUUCGAAGUCAAAGUGAUGACGCGGUUGGCUGUUGAUUCGUGGAUCGAGUUCAGUACUCAGCCCCUCGGUAUUCCCCCAAAGGACUUCAGCAUGGGUGAAGGUGAUCUAGUCUUGUUCUCCAACACGUCCAAUCUAACAAAUGAUCCAAGCGCACCUCAUGUCCUUGCACGUGUUUGUGGCGUCAACCGGAAGAAUGCGAAGCUGGAGGUCACUUAUCGGGUGAAUCCAGGGCAUAGCAAGUUCCUCUCUUCUUUCGGACCUGGCACCGAGGCGUGGGGUGCCAAGAUCACUUCUUUGACCCCUGUGGAGCGUGAAUACGGUGCAUUGAUGGCGUUGCAGUACUAUGAUCUGUGCGAGGAGAUUGUCAUGGCCAAGCCUUCGCCUCUUCUCACCUAUUCAGAUGCAAGAUUGCAGCCCAUCAUGGACAAUUACACCAUAAACCGCGCACAGGCAAAGGCUAUCAAGUCUGCUGUUGACAAUGAUGCAUUCACUCUCAUCCAGGGUCCUCCCGGUUCGGGAAAGACCAAGACCAUCAUCGCACUUGUAGGAAGCCUCUUAGGCAAUGUUCUUGGCAAACAGGCUGUGAGUAUUGGCAGCGGGCCUGCAGCGAGAAACACCAUGUCCAAGAAGCUUUUGCUGUGUGCGCCCAGUAAUGCCGCUGUCGACGAACUCGUCAUGCGUUUGAAGGACGGCGUGAAAACAAGCAGUGGCCAGCAGGAAAAAGUCUCCGUCCUCCGUUUGGGAAGAAGCGAUGCAAUUAACACCAAGGUGUUGGACGUCACCCUCGACGUGAUGGUCACUGCUCGUCUGAAUCAGGACACCAGCAAGGGAGACAAUGUUGAUAUGAAAAAGCUUUACGAGGAGCACAAGCAAACCGAUACAUUCUUUAAGGAGCUCCGCGGGCGUCUCGACGAGGCCAGAGCUAAAGGGCUCCCUCCCCCGGAAGAGCUCGAGCGUGAAUUUGAGCUGAUGAAGAAAAAGCGGUCUCAGCUGAGCACGUCUAUCGAUAAGGCUCGUGAUCAAAACCACACGUUCGCCCGCAAUGCUGAUAUGCGCAAGCGGCGAAUUCAAGAAGACAUCAUCAACGAUUCCCACGUCAUCUGUACUACUUUGAGUGGUUCCGGACAUGAAAUCUUCCAGUCGAUGAAUGUUGAAUUCGAGACUGUCAUCAUUGAUGAGGCAGCGCAGUGUAUUGAACUCAGCGCUCUAAUCCCGCUCAAGUAUGGCUGUUCCAAGUGUGUUCUUGUCGGUGAUCCUAAACAAUUGCCUCCAACUGUCCUGUCGAAGGUGGCCUCGAAGUUCCAAUACGAACAGAGUUUGUUCGUCCGCAUGCAACAGAAUCAUCCCCAGGAUGUGCACCUGCUUGAUACACAAUACCGUAUGCAUCCAGCCAUCAGUAGCUUCCCCAGUGUGACGUUCUACGAUGGCAAAUUGCAAGAUGGCCCCGACAUGGCUAAACUUCGCCAGCGUCCUUGGCACCAAAGCGACCUUCUCAGCCCAUAUCGAUUCUUCGAUGUUCAGGGUAUGCAUUCGGCCCCCACCAAGGGUCACUCGUUGAUCAACUACGCUGAGCUGCAAGUGGCCUUGCAACUUUAUGAUCGCUUGAUCACUGAUGUCAAAGAUUACAAUUUUGCGGGCAAGAUUGGCAUCAUCACGCCUUACAAGGGGCAAUUAAGGGAGCUCAAGAAUCACUUUUCUCAUCGAUACGGCGAAGACAUUCUCAACAAAGUUGAAUUCAACACAACGGAUGCUUACCAGGGUCGGGAAAGCGAGGUCAUUAUCUUCUCUUGUGUGCGAGCAUCCAACAAAGGCAUCGGUUUCUUGGCUGACAUUCGACGUAUGAACGUCGGUCUCACCCGUGCCAAGUCAUCACUCUGGGUUUUAGGUAACUCGCGGUCUCUGGUUCAGGGUGAGUUCUGGAACAAGCUGAUCACCAAUGCGCGCGAAAGAAACGUCUACACAGAGGGCAAUAUUCUGAAAAUCUUGGAGAAGCCGCAGUUCACUGGCUACAAAGAGGUUGAGAUGAUCGACCUUGAUGCCGAAGAAAGCUCUGAAACUCCCGGCAAGGAAAGCCCCGACCAGGAACCUUCUGCGCCGUCUAUUUCUCGACCUUCGUCGACUGCCUCUAUUGGUCUUGACUCACGGUCUGCCUCUGUCUCUGCCUCUGGGCGAGGAACACCACCGAUGCCGCGACCUGGAGGACCAUCUGGGGGAGCCAAGGGCCUAGAUCAGACCAAGAUGUGCGGCAUUUGUGGGAGUGCCGAUCACUUCACUCAUAAUUGCGACAAUGACGAUGCUAAGCUAGAUGCUCGUGGGAACUGUUUCCGCUGUGGCAAGCCUGGCCAUAGCAAGAAUGCCUGUCGUGCGGAACGCUGCCUUGAAUGCGGCCAGUGUGGACAUACAGCUCCCAGCUGCACAGCACCGAAAUCCCUUUCCAAAUUUCAAAAGUCUCGCGUUGAGAGAGAUGAAUAUAAUCUCAAGCAGCGUCAAGAUGCCUUUGCUGAUCGCCAACGAGAACGUCAGAUGGCACUACACAACCCGAAGGUCCCGGUAGUUCAAGCCACGAGCUCAUAUUCCUCCGCGAAGCCUGUUGGUCCUGCUGCGAAAAGAAAAAGAGGUGAUUCUGCCUCUGAGGGGUCGCAAGCACAGCGUCCUCGAACCGGACAAUCGAAUGCCCCGGUCUAUCUGGUCCUUCUCGUGUUGCAGCUGGUCCCAAAGCCCAUGGUCCCCCAAUCCAUGCGCCGAAGGGCCCAAGGGGUGCUCCGGGAGGGAAACACUAAUAAACCCCAGCACGGCAAUGCAGUUUCCAAUGCUUCUCAAGGCUCACCGGCGGACGGCCCACCAGCAGAUCUCAUUAAACCUUCUCGCGAUGGUCCGGCCUAUCCGACCGAGAAUAACCCGCCGACGGGUCCGCCGAUGGGACCAAGAGCAGAUGCUUCAAACCAAGGUCCCCACAAACCUCGACCACCGAUUAUGCGCAAAAAGAAGGAAACGGACCCAUUUAUCCGACCCAAGGCGAAGCGCAAGUGA